UAUUACUUCUAUGAAAAGCAGCAUGACUCACCAGGUUGAUGAUCAAAUAGUGCUGACCUCUCAGUUUUAUCCAGAUAUUUACGCCCAACUGACGCGUGAACAAGGACCGGUGAAUCCGCAACGAAAAAGGAAGAAGAACAAAGAUGAAGCAAAAGUACUUAGGAAGAGGAAGCUUAGUGAAGAACAAGUCAAUCUUCUUGAACGGAGCUUUGUGGACGACCACAAACUGAAGACUGAAAGAAAAGACAAGCUUGCUUCUCAGCUUGGCCUUGAUCCUCAACAAGUCGCGGUUUGGUUCCAAAACAGGAGGGCUCGAUGGAAGAACAACAAACUCGAGGUUGAAUACUCCAAGCUCAAGUCUCAGCAUGAGACAACGAUCGUUGAGAAAUAUCAUCUUCAAACUGAGAUCUUGAAGAUGAAAGAGCAAUUGUGUGAAGCAGAAAAGCAAAUACAAGCACUAUUAUUGGAGUGUAAUUGUGAUGGGUUAAUGUCAAGCAAUAGUCCAACUAGUACUUCAUCGUUCUCUAGAGAAACCAGCAUGGAUCAGUCACAUUUUCUUGGGGAGUUUGGAAUGGAGAGAAUAUCAAUGGAUAAUAAAGUGUUCUUUGAUCAAAGCACUUAUAUAGCUCUCUGGGACAAUUAG